CCUGUCGAGGCUAGACAAACGUGCAAGAACGAAAAUUGAAACACUAAAACGUUGAGAUGUCUGCUAGAAUUGGAUUUACAUUGAACCCUGAAGGUUAUGAAUUUAUAAGAAGAGAAGUUAAAAAGGAAGAUGUCGCACUGAUACAGCGUGUGUUUCACACAAAUGAUGAAGGGAAGAAAGGGUACCUUACAAGAGUGGACCUAAAAGUUGCAGUGGUCGAGUUGCUGGGAUAUAAACCUGCCAAGUUUGAAGUCAACCAGAUCUUUGAGAAGUAUGCAGUGGAAGUAGCUGAGGAUAUUCAAGGCCUUCAUCUUGAAGGGUUCACCUCAUGUAUGUGUGCGAAGCUGGCAGGGCAGGAUGAAGAUGAUGAGAUCAGGCAUACCUUCAUGGCCCUGGACGCUCAGUGUCGAGGGUUUCUGACGCUGGAAGAAGUGAAGAAGGCAUUCAGCAGUGUUGCCCCUCAUGUUCCUGAACAGGUCAUACACUCUGCCUUCAGGGAAAUAGACCAGGACGGAGAUGGUAGAGUGAGCUUUAAGGACUUCCAAUUUUUGAUGAAGUACAGCUUGGAAGAUCACAUAUAACUGUCAUUAUCAACCAAAUUCACCAUGGGAACAGUUCAGUGAGGACAGAUACGUACCGCUGUGAGGAUAAUGGGUGGGUUAACGGCCUAGCAGUACCCUCACCUUUCUAAGAAUUGUCCCAAUUCUUGUGAACAACAGAUCAAUUAUAAGGUAAGUAUACUAUUUUUAAAUUACAUAAAUUACUUUGACAUAAAAAUUUAUUUGAAUAAAUGUUGCAAUAUAUAUUAUAUAAAAACAACCUGUCAACAUUUAUGAUUUCACAUAAUAUUUACAUGAACACCAUGACCUUAUGACAAAACAUUGAUAAUGUUAUUAUCCGAAAUUUGUUUUUUGAAUAAAUGUAACAAUAAAAAUUUGUCAACAUUUAUGAUAUUACAUGAACAAAAUAACUUUCUGACAAAACAUUGAUUCUGUUAUGAAAAAAAACACACAUAAAAUUUUGUAAUGACAAAUACUUCCAUGAAAUGUACAACAUGUAUUUAUAUCAUUUUACCUUACACUUUAUGACUUAUGUGACUGUUCUAAUACACAAGAACAACAUUAUAAUAAAUUGAAUAUAGACUAUGUCAAUAUGACACAUACAUUCAAGAUAAAGAAAACAAAGCAACUUUAUGUUUAUCAGAGAUAUUCAUAUAUUAUGUUUGAUGAACUAUGAAUUUAUAUUUGAAAUAAAAUUAACCUAUAAUUAGUUUCAUACAUAUACAUUUGAAAUAAGAGCAAUACAUACCUAUAGUCUAAACAACAAGAAGCACAUAGUCCGUUUUAUUUACACUUUGUAUUUUGACUCAAAGUUUGUAAUUUCUGCUCUCUGUUUUUAUUUCGUAAAGGUACCCGUCAUUUACGAAGCUGCUCGACUCUACGGUCUCGGCGAUCAGGGUCCUUGCCCGAUUAUAAAGUUCCUGUAAUUUUGCCCGCGCAUUGUCCAGCGACUUCAUCUCCUCGUCUGUCGUACAUGGUACCGGCAAAAAUAGUAAACAGUCUCCGACGGAAGUUGUAAAUGAAAAUGCCGAAAAGGAUUUAUGACUAAGUUACAAAAAGUUAAAGUGGAAGCAAACACAACAAGGAGCGAGGCAUGGUAUUGUAAUGCGCAUGGACGGGUUAGAGGGUUAGGGUAAGGGUUAGGGUUAGGUUUCACCUGAUCCUGUUUUAUUAGCUACUAGUAGUAGAAACUUAUUAGACUUGUUAGACUACUACUACUAAUAAUAAAAGAUGCCUUUCCUACUGCGGUAAAAUUUUAGUACUACUGCCAACACUAAUAAAAAGAUGCCGUCCCUAAACGGUGCUUGUUCAUUUGGCGGACAAUGGUGUUCCAUGUGUGAGGAAUUAUGCCGUUAUUGCAUAGCUGAUUGUAUAUCCUGCCUUUAAAAUGCUCGAACGAAUAUGAACUCUGGAUGUUUGGUUUCAAUAAAUUAAAGCAGAUUACACGAUUGAAGCACAAUUUGAUACCUAUGACGAGAAUUCAGUUUAGUGCUACUUUUAAAAUAACUAUAUAAAAUAUAUAGUUUCCGGUUAUGUAGUAUUAUGAAUAAAUAUUUUCGAGAUAUCGCUGUUCUUUUUUACAAAUGAUAUUAUUAUGCCCCCCUUCAAAAAAGAGGGGGUAUAUUGCUUUGCUCAUGUCGGUCGGUCGGUUGAAACUUGAUAGGUAGAUUGAUCAGGACUCGCAGAUGACCCCUAUUGAUUUUCAGGUCACUGGUCACUGGGUCAAAGG